CAAACGCAUGGCUGUAAACAUUCUGGGAGUGAUGUUUAAACUCGUCUUCACUCAUGUACAAGAUACAAGAAUUAAAAUAGUCAGCAGGUGGCGAUAAUGCUCCGUCUGGGUGAAACUGGUCGUUAAAACGAAGAAGAAGAAGCAGCAGCAGCAGAAGAAGAAGAAGAAGAAGAAGAAGAAGGUUUUAUUUUGAUUGUCGGCGGAAGUUAUUUAGUUUGGUGUCGUGUCGUUGACACGGAUUAAUUUCAUUUAACGUUAAUAGAAACCCGCAACGUUCACAUCCCAGCGUUUCCUCAAACCAUUAACGUCGUCGUAACUCUUCAGGUUAGCCGUUAGCUUAGCUUCCUCACCGCGAAGAAGAAGCUCCAGUUAUUUGCCACGGUGGAAUCCAACAUGGAGGACAUGUACGUUAAACCAGGUAACCAGGAGCGGGGCUGGAACGACCCCCCACAGUUCUCGUACGGCCUUCAGAUGGCCCGCGGACCACAGAGGAACCUCCUGAACAAGCGAGCGGCUCCGCCUGCUCCAGGUGCAGAAACCCCACGCCCUGCCCCUCCCUCCACCUCCCCCCUGGGUCCACCCCUGUGUGGUGUAGCCCCGCCCCCUCUACACCCAGCUCAUCCUCCACCUGGUGGCGUGGCCACGCCCCCACCUCCUUCAGGACCAAUGAGAAGUCAGAGGAAGGCAGAUAGCAGCCAAUCGGAGAGUGAGCCUGAUGUGGAGGCCGUGGUGUUGGUGUUGAAGCGAGCGCUGGCUGCCUGCAGACACACCGUGAAAGAUCAGGUGUGUAAUGAUGUGGCGAAGAGGCUGCGGCUCCUGGAGGACAGCUGGAGGUCAGGUAGACUGAGCCUAUCUGUCAGGAGACGCAUGGACGCCCUGGCUCAAGAGCUGCAGUCAGGUCACUGGGAUUUGGCUGAUGAGAUCCAUCGCUCUCUGAUGGUUGAUCAUGUGACCGAGGUCAGCCAAUGGAUGGUCGGUGUCAAACGACUCAUCGCUGAGACCCGGAAGCUGAGUCCAGAGCUCCUAGAACCACUUCAGAACCCUGCAGAACCAGUCCAGGACCCAGUCUCCCAGUCCUGACUCUAAAUCCUGCAGGAUUCUCCAGCAGGUUUCUUUCUUCUCUUGACAAACUUUGACUCUUUUAACCAAAACUAGGAGCUGGUGGCAAUAAUCCUCACAUUCACACUUCAGCAGAGGGUCAAAGGUCAGAACUCCAGGGUCAGGUUGGUGGUCAAGGGGUUGCUCGGGGCGGGACUGUGCAUCUGGACUCUGGACUCUCAUGAAGUGAUGUUUGAGCUCAGACUCUCAGCAGGAACAGUUCAGCUCAGUUCACAGGCUCAGACUGGGAGGACGAGGAGGACGAGGAGGACAUGGAGGACGAGCCGGUUGAUCAGGAACAAACUGUUGUUUCUUGUCAUGAUGUGGAAAUAAAUCUUCUGAUGUUUGAGUGUC